AUGACAUCCAUUACCACUUCUACGAUAGGGACAAACUAUGCUCAUUACCGUGCCGUGGAUCCGGCUGGUUUUCAGGAGGUGAUCAUUAGUACUGACGUGUCAGUAUCUAUUUUCACUGGGAAGUAUGAGCCAGCAGUUUGUGUCCCAAUCGUCGCGUGUGAUCACUACUUCGUCUCAGACAAAGACAAAAGCACAUGCAUCAUUUUGGAUUCAAAUAUCACUAGUGUCCUGCAUUACACAAAGUCUGACAAUAGCACGGAACAACUUAAAUUUAACAUCAGUGGACCUGCAAAUGGUUCGUGCGAGGGAACACAAUCUAUUUAUAUAAGUUUCGAUAGUUCUGUUGGUCUGAAGAAGUCAACGUUAGCAAUUUAUUUCAAAAAGAGAGAGGAUUCGUUCCAGAUCAGUAACUUCACAUUGACAGUGAACUUCGAACAAAAAUUGAAUGCGACAGAACCACACUAUAUCUAUCUGAUGGAUGAGCAUGCGGAGCAUGACGUAAGCUCCAGCGGCGACGAAGCAUACAAGUGUUCUGAAGCAAUUCUUAGUUUAAGAAAGGGUUCUACAGUAAAUCUCCGCAAUAUACGGCUCAUUGCCUACGCUCAUCUCAAUACUACGCAGUUUUCCAAAAACCAGGAAUACGGCGUUUGUCAACUGGAUAUUCAUACCUCCGAUCUAGUACCAAUCGUUGUUGGAGUAUGUCUUGCCGCAUUGGUUAUCAUUGUUUUAAUCGCAUAUUUAGUUGGCCGAGCUCGUGCGAAGCGUCAGGGUUAUGCAUCAGUGUGA